AUGGUUUUAGGAUGGAGUAGUAAUGACCUGGCUGAUAUAGGAAGUGAUAAUCCACCCAGGAUUCUCGAAUAUAUAGCUCAUACUCGCCGGGAAGGACAGGACUUGAACUUCCAUCAUUCCAAGGUUCACCACAUGGCUGUGGGUAUUCCUGCUAGUACUUUGAGCGAUAGGCAGUAUUAUCGCUGUAACAUUAGGAAGCUCUCUGUUGGACUCGCCUUCUUUCUCGAGAUGGCUUUUCAUGCCAUUGACAACAUCCAAUUGCAAGGCCACGUCCCGUCCACCUGGGACUCAGCCUAG